AUGAUCACGCAAUCCAGGGCCACGCGGGCACCAUGGGUGGAGGAAGAAGAGGAAGAGGAGGAGGAGGAGGAGGAGGAGGAGGAAAAAGAGGAGGAAGAGAAGGAGAGAGACACCAUGUCAAUUAAUUCAUUGUCCAUGGACAGCAACGAACCUGAUUUUUUUAAUGAUAGGAAUAACAGGAUAGAGAAGACGAUAGAGGAGAUAGCCAUAGAGAGAACAGUUGAUGUGGAUACCAUAUUUGAUAUUAAGCGCCCCCCAGAGAAUAAGGAAGAAGCCAGCAACAUCACUAUACUACCAUUAAGCCCCAUGGAGCGGGCGUAUUUAGAUUUUUAUAUUAAAUUAUUGAACCAGCAUAUCAUCUAA